GAGCGCCCCAAGUGGAACUCUGGUGGAACUGCAACCAGUUCAGAAGCCAGAAGUAUCGAGAGAGUGGAACUUCUUCCCUUAUUAGAAAUUCUUUGAUGGACUCUUCAGAAGAGAAACGCUCCUGAUGAAUGGCGACAUUAUGCCAAAUUUAAAGAGGAAUGCCGACCCCUGCGUGACCAAAGGCUGCAUGUGGCCCAAAACUGGAAGUUACGUCUACGUGCCCAUCACCAUCGGCCCCGAAUACACCACCGCAGAGCGCAACAUCAUCAUUAAUAGCCUGUUGACCUUCCAUCAAACCACCUGCAUUCGCUUUGUCUGGCGUAGUAUGCAACAGGAUUACCUCAGCUUCUUCUCUGGAACUGGGUGUUGGUCCUACGUGGGCCGGCAGGGAGGCGUACAGCAAGUGUCCCUGUUGAAAAACGGUUGUCUGUACACAGCCACGGUGGAGCACGAGGUUCUCCACGCUCUGGGCUACAAUCACGAGCAUGUCCGCUCCGACAGAGACACUUACGUCUCCAUCCUCACCACGAACAUUGAGCCAGGAUUUGAAUCAAACUUCGUGAAGGUGGCAACUAACAACUUGGGUACUCCCUACGACUUCAACUCUGUCAUGCAGUACAGCAAAUACUCCUUCUCCAAAAACGACUUGCCAACCAUCAUCGCUAAAAGCGAUCCUAACCUUGAGUUUGGAGAUGCCACACAAAUGAGCGUCAAUGACAUCACCCGCGUUAAUAAGCUUUACGGAUGCUAAAACCUUACGGAAGUUGUAUCAGCUUGUCAGAAAGACUGAUGGAAGAAAAUGUUGGGGAUAAAUGCAUUUUUCCUGGUGGGGGAUUAUUUACCUUUUUUUAACCAUUAAUGAUUUGAUUUAAAUCAUAUACUCACUUCUUCACUGAUUUUAAAAUAGAAACUUUAAUAUUUGGUUAAAUUUAUUUUUUAAAUGGGAGCCAAGAGGCAAUGAUAUAUUCUUAUUAUUCAUAUACCCCAGGACCCCCAGUGACCUAUAGGUAUGACGCUGAAUGUGUGUAACGCUUGACCCUGAAGUUGAACAGGCUCUUAACACCUAUCCUCACUCAUUUGAUCAUACAUGCACUUGAUGUAUGUGGGUUGCUGUGAGUCCAUCUGCAGAUUAUUGAAUAAACUUACAGAAAGAGUUGAAA